ACUUCCUCCCAUUGUUUACAUUGACGUUUGUGACACUUGACAAUUUGUUUGCCUCGUAAUGCCUCGUUUAAAUUCAUAAAACUAAAUUGAAUAAGUGGAGUGAAUUACAAUUCCUACCAUGGAAUAAUUCGUUUAAUUAAACCCGUUCCUCCCCGUGUCGCAAACCCCGUUCGAGACAAGUGCCAUCAACCACAAUUUUAUCACUAAUCUUAGUCAUUUUUCCUUCAAUCUCUGAUAAGUUAUCGCAAUGUCGAGUGUAAACAUUUAAACGAUGCCAUGUAUGGGUUAAAAGCGUCCAAAGGACUCUUCUUCCUCCUGCUCUUCAACUCGGCUUUAGGCGAAUCGUGCGACCCCUCUGCCCUGCCCUCGAUCCUGUUUGUGAUAUUCGCCAUUUACGCCACCAGGAAGUACAAGUUGGUAGCGUGGCUCCAGAGGAAAAUCCACCAAAGAAACAACAACUACGACGAGUUUAUGAUAGGGCAAGAGGACGACGACCCUCCCCUACGCUGACUCUCACCCACUUUGUGCCAUUUUCGCUCUUAUUAUUACACCAAAGCUGACUUUGUAAUCUAAUAAAACUAAUUUAUUACUCA